AUGGGCCAAAAGAACCUGACAGUGCUGCCUGAAUUCAUCCUGCUGGGAGUCACAAGACGCCCUGAGCUGCAGGGUCCCCUUUUUGGGGUCUUUCUCCUCAUCUACAUGGUCACUGUGGUGGGCAACCUGGGCAUGGUCAUCCUGACCAAGGUGGACUCCCACCUCCACACACCUAUGUAUUUCUUUAUCAGACACCUGGCUUUCAUUGAUCUUGGCAAUUCUACUGUCAUCUGUCCCAAGAUGCUGAUCAAUUUUGUUGUGGAGAAAAAUACCAUUUCUUAUUAUGCCUGUGCCAUGCAGUUGGCUUUUUUCCUUCUGUUCAUUAUCAGUGAAUUUUUCAUCUUGUCAGCCAUGGCCUAUGACCGCUAUGUGGCCAUCUGUAACCCUCUGCUCUACAGUGUUAUCAUGACCCAGAGGGUUUGCCAUGUGCUUGUGGGUACACCCUACCUCUACAGCACCUUUCAGUCUUUGAUGGUAACUAUUAAGAUUUUUACUUUGACCUUUUGUGGUUCAAAUGUCAUCAGUCAUUUUUACUGUGAUGAUAUCCCUUUGUUACCCAUGCUGUGCUCAAAUGCAAGAGAAGUAGGAUUGUUGAUUAUAAUAUUUUCAGCCUUUAAUAUGAUUUCCUCCCUCCUAGUUGUUUUAGUAUCAUAUGUGCUGAUCCUGAUUACCAUAUUUCAAAUGCAUUCUCCUGAAGGAAGGAAAAAAGCUUUCUCUACAUGUGCUUCUCAUCUGACAGUGGUUGUUGUGUUCUAUGGGACUCUACUAUUUAUGUAUGUGCAGCCUAAAUCUGGUCACUCUUUUGAUUCUGACAAAAUGGCCUCUGUGUUUUACACUUUAAUUAUCCCUGUACUUAACCCCUUGGUCUACAGCUUAAGGAACAAAGAGGUAAAAAAUGCCUUCCAAAGGGUUUUUAAGAAUGCAUGCAGCAUUUGUAUUUGA